AUGCCGUGGCUAGGGGCCGCAUUAUGUGGUCUUUCGACUACCGAUUCCACCCCGAGCGAGUCGAAUCCCGCGUUUGAAAACAUUCCAGUUUAUUUAAAACCGUCCUCGAGCGCGUUUCGGAAGCCCAGCUUUUACAUCCCGCGCAUGCGAGAAUCCGUCGAGGUAACUGAGGGCCGCAAUGCAAUUUUCCGCGUCGACGGACUAGGCUCGGCGCUUCCUCUCUUCGCCAUCAGCUCGGCGUCUUGCGAAUACUAUUCCCUACGGCUUCCUUUGCUGAAAGCGGGAUUUAAACGACUUUGCGCACCUUUAGAGGGUGUGUUUUGCAAUCUCAUAUGGGGACGAUCAAUGGCCUCCCUUUCGCUCGGAACGCCUUCUUCCACAUCCCUGCAGGCCAUUUCCAAGCUUCUUGAGUCAGAAAAUGCCCUCGCCCCGGACCUAAGGGAACGUUUAAGUCUGGCGCUGAAGGAAAUGAACUGGGCCUCUCUUCUGAAGGCUCAAAACCCCUAUCAACGCUUCAAUCACUUUCCCCUUAGCCAUCAGAAUCUCGGCUGCAAGCGAGAGAUGGCCAAUAAUUUACGUCGCAUUCAGCUUCACAUCGAACAGAUGAAUUGCAGCCUUUUGAAGUCUAAAGGGGAUUUAUCCCAAGCUUUUUCAGGGAUGGCAGAUAUGUACGACUUCGCACCGCAGACGUGGGCCUAUCCGCAGGAAAAGAAGGCCCUUUUAUCUCUUUUUCGCUCUUCGUCAAGCUCGGAGCAGUUUAUUUGGAAGCCCGCGAGGGGGAGCUGCGGGCGGGGGAUUUUUCUCACCCAGGGCCAUGUCUCGGCGGAGCGCGUGAUGGAUGAAAUCGACAAGAAGGCCUCCGGAGAGAAGCCAGGGGGAAGAAUGUACCGCCAAUAUGUUGUGCAGAAAUACAUCGAUAACCCACUUUUGCUGGAUGGGAAAAAGAUGGAUUUGCGGCUUUACGUCGCCGUCACCUCGUACAAUCCACUGACAGUGUAUUUGCAUGAGGAAGGUCUGGUGCGUCUUGCCGCGGAGCCCUAUGCUAACGACACGGAAAGCGAACUCUCCUCCUCGUACCCUUCCAACGUGAAUGAAUUCGACAAUGCCGAUGUAAUUCAGCUGGCUGUGAACGGCCUAUCGGGGGAAUGCACCGAUGCGCAGUUCCGAAACCGCUUUCGUCAUCUCACAAACUACUCAAUCGGGCGUAAAUACCCCGCCUUGAGGCCGCUUUGGCAGCGCGGGUCCUUUCUGGAAGGUCAAACGCACCCGAGCGAAGUGGAAACGAGCAUAUCCACCCAACCACACAUUAUGACAGAGCCUGAGAAUGUAGAGGAAGGGGAGUUAAAAGGAGUGGAAAUGCCCCUUCCCGAGCUAAAAUGGAGCCUCCAGCGGUUGUGGACGCAUUUGGAUCGCGAGUAUAGUACUAAAGAAGGAGGGAAUAGCGGACCUUUUUUAACACCAUCUGAACGAUUAAAAGAGGAAAUUGCGUUGAUUAUUACGCGGGUUCUGAUGUCUGUCCGACCUACCAUCCUCCAAGCGCUUCAUGGACCAUCUAAUAGUGUUUUAUCCUCACAAACGCCUUCAACGCGCACUGGGGGGACUGGCUUUUUCGAGCUUUAUGGCUUUGAUAUUAUGCUCGACAAUAAGUUAAACCCAAAGCUCCUUGAAGUGAACACGAUGCCAUCUUUGGAGAGCAGCUCAGAUUUUGACUACGCCGUUAAAAGCAAUGUCGUGGCGGAUUUACUUAAUUUAUCGAUGAUGGAGGCCUUUGAGCGCCCACAAGAAGCGCUCUCCCCUUUUGUAAAGAAUUCGGAUCACCUGCAUUCGCCCGAUAUUACGGUAAGGCCAUAUAUUCACUCCUGGGAUAAAUUUUAUCAAGCGAAAGGUGGUGAUCAAACCCCUCAAAUCUACUCUUCGAUUCAACAGAAGGAAAUUACUUUGAAGCUAGCAGAUGAACUGGAGUAUGCGCGGGGGUUCAAACGGAUAUUCCCACCCGUAUCCGCUCGGGAGCUCGCUCGAAAUACUUCUUUUUCGUCGAAUUAUCCUAUUGAUGCUUCUAGUCGACAAUCGAAAAAGGAUUUAGAAGCUUACAAUACCCUAGAAUUUUUAACACAAGAAGAUGAAUGGGCACUUGAAUCGUCAUAG